AUGAAUUUCACAGAUUCCCUUGCUGAUGCUAAGAUGAAUUCUAGUGACCUGGAUUCUAACAGCACCUCUGGCACGUAUUUCCAUCCGGUGGUCGUGCCUAGAGAUUUCCGACAAGACAGCCUUCGAGACACAACAGACACUUCUCUGGUGCUCAUAUCCAACAAACCAUGUAGCGAGGCCUUUUCAUCUCAGACUCCGUCUGCAGCCAAGCUUCCGGGCUCGCUUGAUGCCCUUCUGUACAUCGUUAUCGUGCUAAUGUUUUAUGCCUUCAGUAUUGCCAUCCUCAUGGUCAAAUACAUUCGUCGUGAGAGAGAGGAAGCUAAUCUCAGAAACUACUAUCAUGAGUUCGUAUCCAGGGAUAAGUUUCGAUCAGCUCAAUAUAAAAAUACCCAGUUCAUGAAAAGAAUUUUUGGGAAAAACGCCCCAAAAGAAAAUCAUAUACUUCCUACGGUAGAAGAAGAAUUGUGGAAUAGUCCAAAUAUUCAAAGAAAUACGAGUAAACAUAAAAACCAAAACCAGACAAUCACACGGAAUGGAAAUACUUUCACUAGAUUGACUGUUGAUGGUUGCUAUGAAAAGGCUGUCAGAGAAAGCUUUACAUUUCUCAGCGCUAAGAAUCAGUUUUGUAAAAAUGGAUUUUUUGGAAAAAAAUUCUGCAACAAGCAGCUUUGUUCCAAGUGUGUGUCUGAGAGUGUACCUACUAUUGACUGGGGCGAUGAGAGGGUUAACUGUAUAACAGAGGUUAAAAAUGAGCACGAAUGGAGCAGCACAGUAGAAGUUCGCUUACUUCCUGUAGAAGACCCACCGACUGAAGGCAACUCCUUUCAGACAUGUUACCAGAACGAUGCAAGUGAACGGAAUUACCAGUUCGAUGGGGGAGACAGUACGUUUUUGCCUAUAAUAGAGUGUGAUUCUGAUAAAGAAGGUGGGAGUGCUGAGAACUACCAAAGUAUCCCAACAAAACGGAGCACUGAUGAGAUUCUGUUGCAUUCUAAUUAUACAACGGCACCAGAAGAAAUGGCCCUUGUUUCUUCUUGUUCUUUAGAGGUGUCCGAACUCCUAGCCAAUAUGCCUCCUUUGGGAAAAGUUAACAUUAGCAACGACAUGGACACUCUUGAUGGUCUGUCUAAUUUUGACAGUGAGGCGGACAGCCAGUCACUGCUGAAUUACUCCGCCAGCAUCAAAGGUAGUAAUAAUUUCUUUGACAGUCUAAAAAGAGGAAGUCCCGCCUUUAAAACUAAAAGCGUCAACGGAGAAGAAAGACAAAAGGAUUAUCUCAGUGAUUUCCUAUCUGAGAGAACGUCCCUUCUUUCCUGCACCUUGUCCAUAGAUGAUGGAGAAGAGGAGGAUGCUGUGACACACUUGAGCUCACAUAAACAUCAUCCAAAUGGAUUAUCUAUUUCUAACAGUAAUGGAAAAGUAAAGGAAGAAUUCAAAAGCAAUGGAAAAUCUAUUCUAAACUCUCUUUCGAAAUCCGUGAGUAGCGAUGAGGACGAAGUUAUGAAAAUUCUGAGCGAUUUUACCUUAUUGACUGAAGAGUCUGGCGUAUUUAAGAAUCUCAAAUAUUUUCUUCGGAGCUUCUCCAAACACGAAGAUAUUGGUGGCGUGCACGAGAAGUCCACCCUACUCCCUAGAGAAACAUACUUCGGCCCCGGCAGUCCUAAGAGCUACUACAGCGACCCCCAAACCACAGCUGCACCCACAAAGUGUAAUCCCCCGAACCAGAAGUCUUUCUGUCUGGACAUGGAUGCAAUAGACGACGAUUUGCUGACUAUAGACGAGUAUGAGAACUACGGCAACCGUUGGGGAUAUACUUACGACGAAGAAGAUGAAAUUUAUUCUGAUGUCGACAAGUCUUCCAGUUUUGGCGAGUACUGUAUGGGCGAGACCACCGCAUCGCAGGUGAUAGACAUUAGCAAGCCACUUAUCCGUCGACAGCUCGAUUCAGUGACCAGAGAUGGAUUAAAUCGAGCCAUCAUUGGAAUAAACGAUUCUUGGACAGAUGAUUUUCCUCCAGUGAACAAGUCGAAUCCUAUGCUGGCUGGAUAUGGUUCUGCCAGAAAGGAAACCAAAGUGUAA